AUGAGUAUACUGGCCUGCACUGUGUACGUUGGUGAGAAGUGGAGCAGGGGUGGGACCUUGGGGCGGGCGUUAGCGGAUGCGAGCGCGUGCCGGGGCGCGUCGAGCGGAGCGCGAGCACGUCAAGUCGCGCUGGCCGGAGAUGGCCCGGGCGGGAUCGAUGCGGGCGGCGGGCGGCUGCGGAGUGCUGCACCCGGAGGCUGCGCCGGCCACCCCGCGCCCCCCGUCACGUCGCCAGCGCCGCCGCGCACGCGCCCCGCCGCGCCGUCGCCCGCCCGUCGCCGUCCGUCGCCGCGACGUUUCAAUUCCCUCUCUGCCCGUACUGAUUUACGAUACGCUCCCGUUUAUUCUUCGCCCCGGUUUUUUAUCUCCGCAUGCCACAUGCACGGCGAUAUUACUUAUUCAAUUGAAUCAUAUUCUUCGGAUACUUGA